GCUGGAUCUUCAGAUAUAUCUGCAUAUUAGGUUGCCAGAGUCUUCGGCUUAAAGGGCACCAUAAUGAAACUGAAGCAAGGAUCGUUUCUGUGGUACCUCUAUCUGGAUAAACUAUAUUGCUUAUUAUCCGUGAGAAAUGUGAAGGCUUUGGUGGAGUAUUUUCACCUUCUUGAUGUGCACCGCAAGAAAACCUUGAAUGAUGUGCUAUUCUACCACUUCCUUCAUCACGUGACUGACCUGAAACGCAACCAGAUCACAAUCGUGUUUAACAUGCUGGACUGGACUGCUGUGGGCGAGAUUGGUUUUGACCAGUUCUACAUGCUGGUUUGCAUACUGCUGGCACAGGAGAACCAUUUGGAAGAGCAAUUUAUUUUCCGCCAUUCCCGGCCUGUUUUUGAGCUGCUUGACCUGGAUGGGGAGCUGAAAAUUGGCCCAUCCAACUUCCACAUGUACAACUUUCUCUUCAAUAUUAGAAAACAGCAACUCAGAGACCUGUACCAUGACUUUGACAUCACAGGUGACUGUCAUCUUAAUUACAAGGAAUUUAAGCUGUUUACUAUCUUCUCCAUGGACAAAUACCAGGAGAGUCAGAAAGCACUGAAAGAGGAGAAAGAAAGCUCUGCCCAAAUACAAAGUGUCACAAGUUAA